AUGGCGGACAACGACGAAUUUAGGAUCCUCACGCCCAAUGCCAUGCUUGGCUAUGGCUACAAUGUCGAGCACUUUUGGUACGGCAUCGACAAGUACAAGCCCUCGGCCAUCAUUGUCGACAGCGGCUCGACAGAUGGCGGCCCCUACAAGCUGGGCAUGAACAAGAUGACCUGCGGCCGCGGUUCCUACGUCCGCGACCUCGAGCCCAUCCUCGCCGCCUGCUACCACCGCGGGAUCAACGUCCUCAUCGGCUCAGUCGGCGGCGACGGGAGCAACAAGCACGUCCAGGAGAUGCUCGAGAUUGUUCGCGGCAUUGCCGAGUCCCGCGGGUUUCGCUUCAAGAUUGCCACGAUUGAUGCUGGCAUGGACCGUGGCUUGAUCAAGUCGAGGAUAGCCGCCUCGCGCGUCCGCCCUUGUGGUCCCCUCGAGGACCUUCUCCCAGAGGUCGUAGACGGAGCAGUGGAUGUUGUCGCACAAAUGGGGGCAGAGCCUUACAUUGAGGCGCUGAAGGGCGACCCUGAUAUCAUUCUGGGCGGCCGGAGCUACGACCCGGCUCCGUUCGCAGCGUACUGCCUUUCGAAGGGCGUGUCGGAAGGUGUUGCGUGGCACAUGGGCAAGAUCAUGGAAUGCGGAGGCAUCUGCGCGGUUCCCAAAGGGAGGUCCAUGAUUGCCACUAUCCGCAAGGACUCCUUCGACCUCACGCCCCUCGCACCAGAAGAGCGGUGCACACCACUGUCCGUUGCCGCGCACACUCUGUACGAGAAGACGAGGCCCGACCGGCUGCCAGGCCCUGGAGGCGUGCUGCGUCUCGACGACGCAAAGUACGAGCAGCUGACGGAGAAAACGACACGCAUCUCCGGGGCCGUGUUUGAGCACAGCCCUUAUCAAGUAAAGCUCGAGGGAGUCACACACCUGGGCUACCGGACCAUCUUCAUCGGCGGCAUCAGGGAUCCCAUACUGAUCUCCCAGAUUGACGACUUCCUCGAGCGCGUGCGCAAGUACACCCAGAACCUGUUCCCCCAGCUCGACAAGGACGAGACAUGCCGCCUGAUCUAUCACGUUUACGGGCGCAACGGUGUCAUGGGCCCUCUGGAGACACAAGCUGCCACGACCCCUCACGAGAUUGCCGUGCUCGGCGAGGUCGUCGCGCCGACGCAGGAUCUGGCAUACACCAUCGCGAACAAUGCGCGGGCGUCCAUCCUGCACUUCUCAUACCCGGGCCAGAUUGCAACGACGGGUAACUUCGCCAGCCCUCUGUCGCCGCACGAGCAAGAGGCUGGUGCCGUCUUCAAGUUCAGCCUGUACCACCUGGUAGACCUCGAUGCUGGCGAGCAAGUGUCCUUGUUCCCCGUCAGCUAUCACGAGACCAACCCCUCAGGCGCGCCUUCAGCGCUCACCACAAUCCCGCAAGACCGAUUUGAUGCGAUUGACAAGGGCACCCUUGCACCACUCACCAAGAAGGAUGUGCCCUCCACACGAGCCAAGAUGACCGACCUCGCGCGCAUCAUCCGGUCCAAGAACUCAGGCCCUUUCGAGAUGACGUUCGACAUCAUGUUCGACGAUGCAGACGUGUACCGGCGCGUGCGGGACGCCGACGUCCUCGGAAACGACGUCAUUAGGAAGCUGUACCAGGUCCAGGACGAGGACAUCCUGACCAACAUGUUCUUUGAGCCGGCCCUGGCGUGGAAGUGCACCAUCAAGCGGCCGUGGGCCCAGGGCAGUGUCGGAGAGCGUGACACGCUGGGCACGCAGCAGCACGCACCACUAUUAGGUGUCGAGGUUCCAGAGGCCAAAGCGGUCAAUGGCGUAAAGAGUGCCAAUGGCACCAAAGUCAACGGAGUCAACGGGGUUAAUGGAAUCAACGGCAUCAAGCUGACAAAUGGGGUCAAUGGCGUGCACCGCGCGGCAACCCUUGGCCAUGGACCGGACCGGACUAGUUUUCUCGCGAAAGAUAUUGUCCGAGACAUCUGGGAGGGUCUGCAGCUCCCAUCCGGUGCUCUCGCCUCCCUGGAGCUGCCCGGAGACGAUGGAAGGCCGGCAUUACCCUCAUCCUACAAGAUCGGACCCCUUGCGCAGGGCACAAUUGCCCUGACGGGCCUCCUCGCAGCGCUUUUCCACUCUCUUCGCACCCGCAGCGGGACGGUCCCCAAGGUCACCGUCCCGGCCAAGCACGCAGCGAUCGAGUACAAGUCCGAGAGACUCUACACCCUCGAUGGAAAGCCCACGCCGUCCCCCUGGGGCCCGAUCGGCGGGCUGCACAAGACCUCAGACGGCCAUGUCCGCAUCCAUGACUCGUUCCCGAACCAUCGGGACGGGACACUGGAGCUUCUGGGCUUACCCCUGGGCGCGAGCCGAGCCGACGUGACCAAGAAGACGGCCGACUGGACCGCCAUCGACCUGGAAUCCGUCGGGCUGGAUUGCAGACUUGCCGUCUACGCCGUGCGCUCAUACAGCCAAUGGGACAAGCUGCCACAGUCGCGAGCCAUCGACGACUUCCCCAUCAGUGUGUCCCGGAUCGCCACGGGCCCCGCGGGGAUCCCGCGCCACAUCGCCGGCGCGGGCGUGGACAAGUGCCUCCGGGGCCUGCGCGUCGUCGAGCUGAGCCGGGUCAUCGCCGCGCCCCUCGCCGGCAGGACGCUGGCCGCGCACGGCGCCGAUGUUAUCUGGGUCACGUCGCCUGGCCUGCCGGACCUGCCCACCAUGGACCGCGACUUUGGCCGCGGCAAGCGCACCGUGCAGCUGGACCUGCGCGACAGCGCCGACCGGCAGAAGCUGCGCGAGCUCGUCAAGACGGCCGACGUCUUCAUCCAGGGGUUCCGGCCGGGCAGCAUCGCAGCCAGGGGGUUCUCGGCGGAGGAGGUGGCCGCGCUGUGCCCCUCGGCGGGCAUCGUCUACGCCAACAUGUCGGCUUUUGGACCAAGGGGCCCUUGGGCCGGGCGUAGGGGCUACGACUCGUUGGUGCAGACGUGCUCGGGGAUGAACGUUUCAGAGGCAGAGCACGCCGGCGAGGGAGAGCCCGCGCGGCCUACGCCGUGCCAGGCGCUCGACCACGCCGGAGGAUACCUCCUCGCGGCGGGCAUCAUGGCCGCCGUGUACCGCCGCGCGACGCAGGGCGGGUCCUACACCGUCGACGUGUCGCUGGCGGGCGCGAUGAAGUACCUGCGCAGCCUAGGCCAGUACGAAGGGCGCACGGGGUUCGAUGGCGCGCCGGACUAUGAGCGGCCCGCGGAUGUCGAGGACGAGUACUUUGAGACGCGGGAGACGGGGUUUGGGGAGAUGAGGGCGAUCAAGCACAGUGUUAGCAUCGAGGGCGCGCAGUCGGGCUGGGAUAUCAUGCCCAAACCCCUUGGCAGUGAUCGCGCGGAGUGGCUUUGAGAUUCUAGAGCUAUCGAGGCAUUUGUUAAGCAUGUCGGGUCUCUUUUUGAUUGACGACUGCCUUGAAUCAUCUAUGCAACUUCUGACUAAAGUAGGCAGCGCGGGCUUGGUGUCUUUCUUGAUCAUUCGUGUAGAUAGUCAUGAGUGUAUAACUCAAUCUGUGGGGAUGUUGACUUGCUCCCGUUCAAAGCGAAGUUUUGCUUGCCUCUCAGAGACGAGACUUGGGAGCUUCCCCGGAUUCCCCUCACUAGCCGGAAAUCCCCAGCCGUCUAGCCAA